UUAUGUAAACACCGUUGAUUAUAUCAUCCUCGAAAUGAAUCUGCAGCAAAUCGUUGUUCCUUCGUUAUCAGGAUGAUAACAAUGAUAAGACCUUGUGAUGAUGAGCCUCUUUUCACACACCGUCCCCCAGUUGGGUCAGUCGCUCUCUUGUCAUUUAGUGUCACUAAGGAGCUAUUGCCUUUAAAAUGAAACGUUUGUGAAGGAUUUUACUGUAACUGCUGUUCUGGAUAACUGUGGUUUAUUGUCACGUCUCGAGAAAGGAACGGAAUCUCGCCAAAAUGGAGAACAGCAGCCUUCGGAAAAAGCCUAUUCUCUUUCUGCAGAGGAUAAUAAAGGACGUCAACGAGACCUUAUCCGGUGCCAACGCCUUAGUGCCAUGGUUCGACUUGCCCCUGUUCCUGAGGGAACUGACCAGGGCGCUCUGUCUCUUCAUCCUGGUCAGGAGCAGUUUCGUGUCGUCCGCCCUCGUCGUUCUGUACUUGGUCAUCAGCGCCAGGGAUGACGACAACCACUUCUCCGGCUCAGCUGCCGGGUCGUCCAACCCGAAAAUCGUAAUAACCCUGUCCAUGGUGUUUGAAUUCGCCGUGGCAUUCGUCCUCCAGUUCAGCCUCGUGAUGCUCUUCUACAUCGUCCCGUUUCCAAGCCUCGUUUUCCUGGCGUUCGUCAGGACGUGGCUGGAUUCUUUCUUGGUUGAUUGGACGGUGCUGGACGAGAGGCUCCUACUGGAAAGGGUGGACGAAGAGAGACUGGGCAUCAUGCUUCAGCGGCUGGGGAUGCAGGUGCCUGCUUGGCUGAGCACCCCGGAUCAUCAGAGGGUUGAAUGGCUCAAUAAGAUUCUUGUCAAAUUGUGGCCUCACAUUUGCUCUUACCUGGAGGACGAGAUAGACCUCUUCAUUGAGAGUCUGAGGCCAAAAGUAGACUUGGAGAUCAAAGAUUUGAGCCCAGGGGACAUUGCUCCGCGGGUGUCGUCAGUCAAAGUCAGGGAACAAGAUGAACAGCUCUUCAUUGAUGUCAGCAUCACGUAUGGCGGUGAUUUCACUGGUUGCUUCCGAUGGUUUACCGGUGUCGAAUUCGAAGUGGACCACAUUCAGGUCCAAGCAGACGUCCAGAUUGAACUGAGGGACUUUGUAGGUCACCAACCUUUUGUGGGGACUUUAGCCGUGCACAUGGACAAGCCUCCAACUAUAAACCCAAGAUUUAAGAAGAUGGGCAGUACUAUCGAAGCCUUCAAACCUAUCAAGAAAGCCCUCCUGGACUACGUCCAAAAUUCAGUCAAGGGUUACUUCCCUUUUACCUUCCAGCUGGCUCCAGAUGUUGCUGGAAAUCUCAUCGAAAACCUGAACAACCCUCAGAGUGAAUCUAAUAAAGCUUCAGUUUCAAAACCCAAAAACAGCACUUUAUGGGAUAUCGUCAGCUCCAGGCCCUUGCUGGAUGACACUAAGCCAAGCCAAAUCAUGUCUUUUUUACAAGAACGCAAUAGCAGCCGAAGAAGAAGUCCCGAUCCUGCUGAGGAUCGUAAGAAGACUUCAGGGUUAAAUGAUUCAUCUUCAUUUAAGUCUGAGGAACCUCAGAAGAAAUCAUGUGCUAGAAACGACACGGAUGAAGCCAACUGGGUCACCAGUCAUUCUUUUACCCAGGUUCCAAGUGCAUCCAUAUCUGAAGGUGUUUCAUCAUUAAAGACAUCAUCCUCUCAGUCACAGAACUUGACGGUUGACUGGUAUAUCAGUAGUCCCUCAAAUCAGUCACUUCUAUCCUCGAACACUGCUUCCCAAGUGUCAUUCAGUUCCGGUGGGACUGAAUCAUCUGACUGGCUGUCGUCUGGAUCAGCAGUGACAGUUGGUGGAUCCACUGUAUCUUUAGCAUCGUCCAACCACCAAUCUGCAGAUCCUUUAAAUCAGGUUAGUGAGGCGUUCCUGAAAUCGCAGGACCCAGAAGAUGACGACCUCAUGCACGAUGACAGGCUGUCCACUGAGCAGGAUCGAGAGAGUUUCAGACAUUCUUACACAAGUCCAGGAAAUCUAGAGCCGCACUCAACAUCAGCAAACGAAAGCUCUGAUGUCAGGUCUUCAUCAGGAAUGCAAGAGAAAGAGUUGCGAGCUGCAAUUGCCAGGGACGUGGAAGCGAGUAGGGAGGCUUUCCUGGAUAAAAUCUUGACCGAGAGUGAAAUGGACGAUGAAUAUCAAAAGAAGGAAGAAGUACUUGAUCCUGUCCUCUCAUUGUCAAAUGAUAGCCUUACAAGGAUAAAAGACACAGACCAAGGUCAUGGAUGCAUCGAACUUACCACAAGAUACCAGGCCCCUAACACACUUGUCGUCACUGUGCAUAAAGUCAGAAACUUGCCCAAAAAAGUGUGCAGGAUUCCAAACCCUUACGUGAAGCUCUACCUUCAGAACCAACAGCUGAAACCCUUGACAGACGUGACGACUGAGAUUUUCGAAAACACCCAGAAUCCCGUCUUCGAAAAAACAUUCGCAUUUCAACUCGAACAUCCGCUCUCCCAGUACACUCUGAGAGUUUCUGCCAAGACCAAGCACAAGAUGGCUCACAAGCUAGGAGAGGUGGUGCUGUGCUUCGCUCGAAAUAGCUCCUCCCAGGUCGUCAGAGAACGCAACUGGUAUGACCUGGCUGAUCCUAAGAAAGACCAUGUCCUGUGCUGGGUCGGGUACAGAGAUCCUGUGUACGGUAACCUCAAGGAAGUGGACAGGUUGGAUUAUGGAAACAGAGUCUCACUUCAUAGUGACGAUUUCAACGAGCAACUUCUCUGAAUACGGUCCCAUGUCCCUUUGAAUCCAAGUUUUGUAUGGUUAAGUUUCAGCGUCUCUGCAAUUCAGGGAGAACGUUUUUUAGUUUUAUUAUCGGCUUUGUGUUUGAAUUCAGUUUCACAACGUAAUCACAUUAAUUUCAGGUGAAAGUGGUGGACAUACUGAUGUUAUCUUACCUCGUCUUUACGGAAUUGUUUAUUUGCAUUAUAACAUAGGAAACAUGUCUGCCUUUUCUCUUAUGCUUUGAGAGUGCAUCGCUGCACUCUUCUGCGUCCUUUCCUGACCACUGUGAAAAUUCCAGAUGUUAUUUUUCCUGAGUCAUUGGAAUUAUAUUGAUUUUUGUACAAGUAAUUAAAAGAGGAUUGUACCAAAUAUAUCAAGGUUCACGAAGGAACAAAAACUUUUGGGUCUCAGUUUUUAUUCUAUGGAACAAAUGUAAACAUUCCGUAUGUUAUUUGUAGUUUUAGUAAAUUAAGGUUUAAUUUGUUUUGUAAAUGAAUUCCUUCUGGCAUUUUGAAGCUUUAAUCGUUGUGUUCAUGGAAAUGGCUUGAGCCAUGUGGUCCUGAUGAUAUUCAGUUAAUUUCGUUGUAAGUAUCCAUUCACUGUGAAAUCAUACAAUGGCGUUCAUCUCAAAUACAAUAUGUCACUUUGAA